AUGUCUCCCCAUGCAAGGUCAAGAGGGAGUGUAAGGACUCUGGAUCCUUAUGGCGUUUGGGAGUCAGGCCCCAUCUUCUCUCAUGCUGCCACCAUAAUGGGGCAUAUACGGAUCGUGGCAACAGCAGACCAAGUCGGAGUGGACCAAAACGGCGUCACAACCAAAGAACCCCAGGCACAGAUAGAGCAGGCCUUUCAAAAUCUUCAUCGGACCGUUGAGGCUGCUGGUGCAAGAGUUGAAGAUGUUUCUAAACUGGACUGGUAUAUCGUCAACUACGACCACAAGAAUCGCCUCUACCGUAAGUCACUGAUUAAGUUUCUGAAUGGACAUCGACCUGCAACGACUGCAGUUGGGGUGCAAGCGCUGGCAGAACCCGACUUUGUCUUCGAAGUUGAGGCAUAUGCUGCAGUGAGACAAGCUCCAGUCCGGAAUGUGGAUGUCGUUGUUGUCGGCGCAGGACUUAGUGGUCUCAAAGCAGCUUGCGACAUCCAGAAGGCGGGAUAUUCUUGCCUUGCGGUUGAGGCCAGAGACAGAGUUUGA